GUUUUCACGCUGCCACCGCGGCGCGUACAGAAUAUCGCGUGCGCUGCGCCCUGUGCACGCUCACUGUACGUGACGUCAUCAAACCAGCAUGGCGGUCAAGGUGCAAUCAACCAAACGCGGGGACCCGACUGAGCUGAAAGCAAUCUUCCAGAAGUAUGCGAGUGUAGUGGACAAAGAUGGAGAGAAGUUUAUGACCCCAGGAGACUUUGUCCAGAGGUAUCUAGGACUACACACGCAGAUCCACCACAACCCCAAAACUGUACAGCUCAUUUCUGCUGUGGCUGACACCACAAAGGACGGGCUGAUCUCGUUCCAGGAGUUUCUGGCAUUUGAAUCGGUGUUGUGUGCGCCUGACGCUCUCUUCAUAGUAGCCUUCCAGCUGUUUGACAAGACUGGAACUGGAGCCAUUUCCUUUGGAAUGUGUGCUGGACAUCUUCAGCAAGCCACAGUGCACCACAUUCCCUUCAACUGGGACUGCGAGUUCAUCCGUCUGCACUUUGGGCACGACAACAAGAAACACCUCAGCUACCUCGAGUUCACCCAGUUCCUGCAGGAGCUGCAGCUGGAGCAUGCACGCCAGGCAUUUGCCCAAAAGGACAAAGGGAAGAAUGGCGUCAUCUCUGCAAUGGACUUUAGUGACAUUAUGGCCACCAUCAGACACCACAUGCUCACACCUUUUGUGGAGGAAAACCUUGUCUCAGCUGCAGGCGGCAGCACCUCUCACAUGGUCAGCUUCUCAUACUUCAAUGCCUUCAACUCCCUCCUGAACAACAUGGAGCUGAUACGCAAGAUCUACAGCACGCUGGCUGGCACGCGGAAGGACACACUCGUGACCAAAGAAGAGUUUGUUCAUGCUGCCAACAAGUUUGGUCAGAUCACUCCCAUGGAAAUUGACAUCCUGUACCAGUUGUCAGGCCUGCACUCCCCCUCUGGGCGCCUGAAUCUUACUGACAUUGAGAGGAUAGCUCCGUUAGAGGAAGGAUGUCUGCCCCACCACCUGGCUGAAACCCAAAAACAGGCCCAUGGGGACACUUCCAGGCCCAUUUGGCUCCAAGUUGCAGAGUCGGCCUACAGGUUCACCCUGGGCUCCAUUGCUGGAGCUACGGGAGCGACGGCCGUGUACCCCAUCGACUUGGUGAAGACUCGUAUGCAGAACCAGAGGUCCACAGGAUCCUUUGUUGGAGAGCUGAUGUACAAGAACAGCUUUGACUGUGCUAAGAAGGUGCUUCGCUAUGAGGGCUUCUUUGGCUUCUAUAGAGGUCUGGUUCCUCAGCUUAUAGGUGUGGCACCUGAGAAGGCUAUCAAACUCACAGUGAAUGACCUUGUAAGAGACAAGUUCACCGGAAAAGACGACACAAUUCCUUUUUAUGCUGAGAUUUUGGCCGGCGGCUGUGCUGGAGGCUCUCAGGUGAUCUUUACCAACCCUCUGGAGAUAGUGAAGAUUCGCCUGCAGGUGGCAGGCGAGAUCACCACUGGACCUCGAGUCAGCGCUGUCAGUGUGGUCCGCGACCUGGGUUUCUUCGGCCUCUACAAGGGUGCUAAAGCAUGUUUCCUGAGAGAUAUCCCUUUCUCGGCCAUCUAUUUCCCCGCGUAUGCCCACCUCAAGACCCAGAUGGCUGAUGAACAAGGCAGGCUGGGAGCAUUGCAGCUUCUCACUGCUGGAGCAAUUGCAGGUAUCCCUGCAGCCUCCCUCGUGACGCCUGCUGAUGUCAUCAAGACGCGUCUGCAGGUUGCAGCAAGGGCGGGACAGACCACUUACACUGGGGUCAUCGAUUGCUUCAGGAAGAUUAUGAAAGAGGAGGGGUUCAGGGCUUUGUGGAAGGGAGCUGGAGCUCGUAUGUGCCGGUCUUCUCCUCAGUUUGGUGUGACUCUGGUGACUUAUGAGCUCUUGCAGCGGUGGUUCUACGUCGACUUCGGAGGACAUCGCCCGGCAGGGUCUGAGCCCACACCCAAGUCUCGCAUCUCAGAGCUUCCUCCCAUUAACGCGGACCACACCGGCGGCUACCGCCUGGCUGCGGCUACUUUUGCCGGGGUGGAGAACAAAUUCGGCCUCCACCUUCCCAAAUUCAAGUCCUCUGGUGUGGUUUCCAUACAUCACCCAGAGCCAAUCACUGCCACGCCGGCUCAGGCCCCAUAGAGGUCUGAAUCACCUU